GCCGGAGGAGCCCCCUCAGCCGCGUCCUCUUCCUUCUCCUGCUGCUGCUGCUGCUGCUUGUCGGGCCGGGCCGGGCUUGGGCUGCCUCCUGGCAGGGGCCGGGCUGGUGCUGCGCCGCGUCGGGGCCCGGGGGGCGAGGCCGGCGGGAUGGAGGCCGUGCCCCGCAUGCCCAUGAUCUGGCUGGACCUCAAGGAGGCGGGAGAGUUCGGCUUCCAGCAGGCCGUCAAGAAGUUUGUCCUGAAGAACUAUGGUGAAAAUCCAGAGAACUACAAUGAAGAGUUGAAGAAGCUGGAGCAGCUGAGGCAGAAUGCCGUCAACGUGCCCAGGGACUUCGAAGGCUGCAGCAUCCUGCGCAAGUACUUUGGGCAGCUGCACUACCUGCAGAGCCGCAUCCCGAUGGGGGCAGAGCAUGAGGCAGCCGUCCCCAUUACCUGGACCGAGAUCUUCUCCGGCAAGACGGUGACGCAUGAGGACAUCAAAUAUGAGCAGGCCUGCAUCCUGUAUAAUCUGGGCGCAUUGCAUUCUAUGCUUGGAGCAAUGGACAAAAGGGUAUCCGAGGAGGGCAUGAAGGUCUCCUGUACCCAUUUCCAGUGUGCAGCGGGGGCGUUCGCUUACCUCCGGGACCACUUCCCUCAUUCCUACAGCGUAGACAUGAGCCAUCAGAUCCUUAACCUCAAUAUCAACCUCAUGCUGGGCCAAGCCCAGGAGUGCCUUCUGGAGAAGUCAAUGCUGGACAACCGGAAGAGCUUCCUUGUGGCCAGGAUCAGCGCCCAGGUGGUGGAUUACUACAAAGAAGCGUGUCGAGCCUUGGAGAACUCUGAAACAGCCUCCCUGCUGGGGAAGAUUCAGAAGGACUGGAAGAAGCUGGUGCAGAUGAAGAUCUACUAUUUCGCUGCCGUGGCCCAUUUGCACAUGGGGAAGCAGGCGGAGGAGCAGCAGAAGUACGGCGAGAGGGUCAUCUACUUCCAGAGUGCCCUGGACAAGCUCAAUGAAGCCAUCAAACUGGCCAAGGGUCAGCCUGAGACGGUACAGGAAGCCUUGAGGUUCACCAUGGAUGUCAUUGGAGGAAAGUACAACUCUGCCAAAAAGGAGAACGACUUCAUCUACCACGAGGCUGUCCCUGCUCUGGAUACCUUGCAGUCGGUGAAAGGUGCACCUCUGGUGAAAGCCCUUCCCGUCAACCCCACAGACCCGGCUGUCACAGGCCCUGACAUUUUUGCCAAGCUGGUUCCAAUGGCUGCCCAUGAGGCCUCCUCGCUCUACAGCGAAGAGAAGGCCAAGCUGCUGAGAGAAGUGAUGGCCAAGAUCGACGCCAAAAACGAAGUCCUGGAACAAUUCAUGGACUCGUUGCAGCUGGACCCUGAGACCGUUGACAACCUGGACAUGUACAACCACAUCCCGCCCGUCUUGAUGGAGAAAUGCGCAGCGCUCAGCGUGCGCCCAGAGACCGUGAAAAACCUUGUUCAGUCCAUGCAGGUGCUCUCUGGCGUUUUCACGGACGUCGAAGCGUCUCUGAAGGAGAUCAAGGACCUUCUGGACGAGGACGAUGCCCAGGAGCAGAAGCUGCGGGAGGCUCUGGGGGGGAAGCUGCCCCCGCAGCAGGGCUCCCCUCCCACCCCGCCCUCCUCCGGGCUGGCGGAAGUAGCCAAGGAAUGGGCCAAGUACAUGGAGGUGCACGAGAAGGCCAGCUUCACCAACACGGAGCUCCACAAGGCCAUGAACCUGCACAUCAGCAACCUGCGGCUGCUCAGCGGCCCCCUGGAGCAAGUGAGGGCCGCCUUGCCCACCCCCAGCCUGACGGAAGACGACCAGCAGGCAAUGCAGACCUUGAAGAGGAUCCUGGCCAAAGUGCAGGAGAUGAAGGACCAGCGGGUCUCCCUGGAGCAGCAGCUGCGCGAGAUGAUCCAGAAGGACGACAUCACCACCUCGCUGGUGACGACGGACCGGUCUGAGAUGAAGAAACUCUUCGAGGAGCAGCUGAAGAAAUAUGACCAGAUCAAGGUCUACUUAGAACAGAACUUGACUGCCCAGGAGAACAUCCUCAAAGCCCUGACGGACGCCAACGUCAAGUACGCGGCCGUGCGCAAGGUCCUGGCAGAGGUGGAGCACAAGUGGAACACCUCUUUGCAGACACUGGUGGCCUCUUAUGAGGCAUACGAGGACCUGAUGAAGAAAUCCCAGGAAGGGAAGGAUUUCUACGCCGACUUGGAGAGCAAAGUGGCCAAACUGCUGGAGAAAUCCCGGGCUGCUUGCAAGGGAGCCGAGGUGGCCAGGCAGCAGCUCCUGGAGAGGGAACUGAAGAAGAGGCCUCCUGCCAGGCCCACCACCCCCAAGCCGGCGCUCCAGAAGACGACCUCCAACCUUGAGCUGCCUGACCCCCUGCCCCUCGGCUCCCUCUCCCUGGCCGACCUCCCGGAGGAGCUCCGCAGCCUGCCCCCUGAAGUCCUGGGGGCUCACCUGGCACAGCUGCCGCCGGACGCCUUGGCCGCCCUGGGUCUGGACCCCGCCUUCCCCCACGCCGGCCUGCGAGCGGCCCCUGGCCAGGAAGCCUUCUCUGCCCCCCAGCCGGGCCGGGCCAGGCUUCCCUUCGGCCCGGGCCAGAUGGCGGCCCAAGGUGCCCCCCAAAGGCACUACCCACCGCCCAGGCUCCCGGCCAGCUCUGCACAAGCCCCUUACCCGCCGGUCUCCCACCAGAUGCCGCCUUCUGCCCCCCAGGCAGCCCCGCCACCGAUGAGCUCUGCCCCCUCCUCAGCCCCCUACCCACCCAGUGCCAAUGUCAUGCGGGGCCCAGCUACACAGCCCGCCUACCCUCUGCCCCCUCAACACACCUCCCCGCAGCACCUCCCCAUGCCGGUCUCCGCUCCCCCAGGGGGCAUGGUUUACGGCAUGGGGCAGCUGGCCCCCAACAGCGGGGCCUUCCCGGCCAGCCACUCCACCCCUCUGGCAGUUAGGCCCCCCGCUCCCUCCCCACACCAGUAUGGCGUUGGCGGCUUCCCGCCGGGGGUCCGGCCGGCCACCACCACUGUCGACAGCAUCCAGGCCCCCAUCUCGAGCUGCGCAGCCCCCAGGGGCAUGGCCGGACCGCUCCCCCAGUGGGCAGGGCCUCCUCCUCCUGCCCAGGGGGGCUUUGCAGGACCUCAAGGGACCCCCAACGCUCAGUUCCCCUACCCGCAGCCUUGUGGGCCCCCUUUCAUGCAGCAGGUCCCGCCGCCUUACUCCUCUGCUCAACCUCCGCAGGCCUUCUCCCCCCACCGGCCCCUCCAGCCCCCGAUGGACCGGCAGGUCUGCCCUCAGCCCCUCGGCCCGCCCCCUCAGCAGUACACACCCCAGUUCCUGGCCCAGGCCCAAAUGCCCCAGCAGCAGCCAGCCUUCCAGCACCCCUUUCCGGCUCAGGUCUGCGCCCCGCAAGCCGUCCUCGGACAGGGCCACCCCGUCCAACUGGGAGCCCAACACUAUCAGCUUGGGCCAGCCCACGACAAGCUGCCUCGGGGCCACGCCCUGCCUCCCCACUCCUUGACCUACCCCACGGCUGUGUCGCACGGCCCUAACAUUUCCAUGGGCAUGAUGGGGCCCGGGCAGCAGCAGCAGCAGCAACAACAACAGCAGCUGCCCCUUCGCCCGUCACUCGCUUCCAUCCAGCCCUUGCCUGCCGGAUCGCCGGCCCAGGUUGCCUUUGGCGCUGGCCCGACUCCCCUGGGCCCUGGGACCUCCCAGAUCCCUCCAGGUGCCCCUAUGCCCCUGGGAGGGCAGCCCCAGCCCGUCAGCCAGGCCCUCCCGCACCACGUCCCUCCCGCACCCAGCCCGGCCCUGGCACAGUUGCCCGGCGCAGCAGUGGUGCCGGGCGCUGCUUUGCCCUCGCCGGCGCCCUCGCCACAGCCUUCCCUGACCCUGCCGGCUCCCUCCCUCCUGCCCCCCUCGGGGCCUCUCCCGCAGCUGCCCCCCUCCUCUCUGGCGCCCGGCGGGGCCGCCCCACUUGCGCAGGGCCCCUCUGACGCCUCCCGCUUCCCCCGUCAGAACUCGUCCACCGACGACCUCCUGUCCUCCAGCCCCGAGAGCCAGCACGGGGGCGCCAAGGCCUCGGUGGGCCACCCCCUCUUGCAGCCCACCAAGGCCGACGCCAAGGACGGGCUGAAGCCGAAAGCCGUGCAGCUGAUCGAGAAGGACCCCUACGAGAAGCCCGAACACAUCCGGCGGCUCCUGUCGGAGCUGGAGCGCUUCCAGGACGUGGUGGGCGGCCUGGAGAAGCCGGCCCCUUCCUCGGGGAGCGCCAGCGAGCUGGACGGCGUCUGGAAGGAGCUGCAGGACGCCCAGGAGAAAGACGCCCGCCAGCUGUCCAUCGCCAUCGCCCGCUGCUACUCCAUGAAGAACCGCCACCAGGACAUCAUGCCCUACGACAAGAACCGCAUCGUCCUGCAGUCGGGCAAGGACGACUACAUCAACGCCAGCCGCGUCGAAGACCUCUCCUCCUACUGCCCCACCAUCAUCGCCACCCAGGCCCCCCUGGUGGGCACCGCCUCCGACUUCUGGCUCAUGAUCUACGAGCAGAAAGUGUCCGUCAUCGUCAUGCUGGUUUCCGAGCAGGAGAUCGAGAAGCAAAAGGUUGUCCGCUACUUCCCCACGGAGCGGGGCCAGCCCAUGGUCCACGGCCUCCUCACCCUGGUCCUCACCAGCGUGAAGGCCACCCCGACCCACGUGGAACGCAUGAUCACGCUGCAGUUCCGAGACCAGAGCUUGAAGCGCACCGUUAUCCACCUCCAGUUCUCCUCCUGGCCGGAGCUUGGCCUCCCGGACAGCAAAGGGGACCUUCUUCGCUUCAUUCAGGAGGUGCACAGCCAUUACCUCCACCAGCGGCCGCUCCACACCCCCAUCGUCGUCCAUUGCAGCUCUGGCGUGGGCCGCACCGGCGCCUUCUGCCUCUUGUACGCCGCCAUGCAGGAAGUGGAGGCCGGCAACAGCAUCCCGGACUUGCCCCAGCUGGUGAAGAAGAUCCGCCAACAGAGGAAGUACAUGCUGCAGGAGAAGACAGACCUUCCAAAACCAUGGACAGACCAUGUGGACAACUGGCCUGCAAUUGGUCUACUGCUGCCACCAUGCAUCGCCACCGGAUGCAGGCCCCCUGGUGGGCCACCGAGCCUCCGACUUCUGCUCAUAGUCUACGAGCAGAAAGUGUCCCGUCAUAGCGUCUGCUGGUUUCCGAGGCAGGAGAUCGAGAGCACAAAGGUUGUCCGCUACUUCCCCACGGAGCGGGGCCAGCGCAUGGUCCUACGGCCUCCUCACCGCUGGUCCCUCACCAGCGUGAAGGCCACCCCGACCCGCACGGAACUGAAGAAGAGGCCUCCUGCCAGGCCCACCACCCCCAAGCCGGCGCUCCAGAAGACGACCUCCAACCUUGAGCUGCCUGACCCCCUGCCCCUCGGCUCCCUCUCCCUGGCCGACCUCCCGGAGGAGCUCCGCAGCCUGCCCCUGAAGUCCUGGGGGCUCACCUGGCACAGCUGCCGCCGGACGCCUUGGCGCCCUGGUGCCAAUGUCAUGCGGGGCCCAGCUACACAGCCCGCCUACCCUCUGCCCCCUCAACACACCUCCCCGCAGCACCUCCCCAUGCCGGUCUCCGCUCCCCCAGGGGGCAUGGUUUACGGCAUGGGGCAGCUGGCCCCCAACAGCGGGGCCUUCCCGGCCAGCCACUCCACCCCUCUGGCAGGGGGCUUGCAGGACCUCAAGGGACCCCCAACGCUCAGUUCCCCUACCCGCAGCCUUGUGGGCCCCCUUUCAUGCAGCAGGUCCCGCCGCCUUACUCCUCUGCUCAACCUCCGCAGGCCUUCUCCCCCACCGGCCCCUCCAGCCCCCGAUGGACCGGCAGGUCCGCCCUCAGCCCCUCGGCCCGCCCCCCUCAGCAGUACACACCCCAGUUCCUGGCCCAGGCCCAAAUGCCCCAGCAGCAGCCAGCCUUCCAGCACCCCUUUCCGGCUCAGGUCUGCGCCCCGCAAGCCGUCCUCGGACAGGGCCACCCCGUCCAACUGGGAGCCCAACACUAUCAGCUUGGGCCAGCCCACGACAAGCCUGCCUCGGGGCCACGCCCUGCCUCCCCACUCCUUGACCUACCCCACGGCUGUGUCGCACGGCCCUAACAUUUCCAUGGGCAUGAUGGGGCCCGGGCAGCAGCAGCAGCAACAACAACAGCAGCUGCCCCUUCGCCCGUCACUCGCUUCCAUCCAGCCCUUGCCUGCCGGAUCGCCGGCCCAGGUUGCCUUUGGCGCUGGCCCGACUCCCCUGGGCCCUGGGACCUCCCAGAUCCCUCCAGGUGCCCCUAUGCCCCUGGGAGGGCAGCCCCAGCCCGUCAGCCAGGCCCUCCCGCACCACGUCCCUCCCGCACCCAGCCCGGCCCUGGCACAGUUGCCCGGCGCAGCAGUGGUGCCGGGCGCUGCUUUGCCCUCGCCGGCGCCCUCGCCACAGCCUUCCCUGACCCUGCCGGCUCCCUCCCUCCUGCCCUCGGGGCCUCUCCCGCAGCUGCCCCCCUCCUCUCUGGCGCCCGGCGGGGCCGCCCCACUUGCGCAGGGCCCCUCCGACGCCUCCCGCUUCCCCCGUCAGAACUCGUCCACCGACGACCUCCUGUCCUCCAGCCCCGAGAGCCAGCACGGGGGCGCCAAGGCCUCGGUGGGCCACCCCCUCCUGCAGCCCACCAAGGCCGACGCCAAGGACGGGCUGAAGCCGAAAGCCGUGCAGCUGAUCGAGAAGGACCCCUACGAGAAGCCCGAACACAUCCGGCGGCUCCUGUCGGAGCUGGAGCGCUUCCAGGACGUGGUGGGCGGCCUGGAGAAGCCGGCCCCUUCCUCGGGGAGCGCCAGCGAGCUGGACGGCGUCUGGAAGGAGCUGCAGGACGCCCAGGAGAAAGACGCCCGCCAGCUGUCCAUCGCCAUCGCCCGCUGCUACUCCAUGAAGAACCGCCACCAGGACAUCAUGCCCUACGACAAGAACCGCAUCGUCCUGCAGUCGGGCAAGGACGACUACAUCAACGCCAGCCGCGUCGAAGACCUCUCCUCCUACUGCCCCACCAUCAUCGCUACCCAGGCCCCCCUGGUGGGCACCGCCUCCGACUUCUGGCUCAUGAUCUACGAGCAGAAAGUGUCCGUCGUCGUCAUGCUGGUUUCCGAGCAGGAGAUCGAGAAGCAAAAGGUUGUCCGCUACUUCCCCACGGAGCGGGGCCAGCCCAUGGUCCACGGCCUCCUCACCCUGGUCCUCACCAGCGUGAAGGCCACCCCGACCCACGUGGAACGCAUGAUCACGCUGCAGUUCCGAGACCAGAGCUUGAAGCGCACCGUUAUCCACCUCCAGUUCUCCUCCUGGCCGGAGCUUGGCCUCCCGGACAGCAAAGGGGACCUUCUUCGCUUCAUUCAGGAGGUGCACAGCCAUUACCUCCACCAGCGGCCGCUCCACACCCCCAUCGUCGUCCAUUGCAGCUCUGGCGUGGGCCGCACCGGCGCCUUCUGCCUCUUGUACGCCGCCAUGCAGGAAGUGGAGGCCGGCAACAGCAUCCCAGACUUGCCCCAGCUGGUGAAGAAGAUCCGCCAGCAGAGGAAGCACAUGCUGCAGGAGAAGCUCCACCUCAAGUUCUGCUACGAGUCUCUCCUGAAGCAUGCCAAGCUGGUGCUGCAGAGACACGGGGUCACGGCGCCCUCCGCCAGCAAGCCUGCCAGCAGCGCUGCCCAGAAGCCCUAUAUCCACCAGGACCCCCAGGAUCUGGUCCUGGGUGCCGACAUGCCCAUCAGCUCCAUCCAGGCCACCAUCGCCAAGCUCAGCAUCCGGCCUCCCUUGGGAGGGGCAGAGCCCUCGUCCGCCAACGGGCAGCAGCCGGAGCCCCUGCCCUUGGCCGUCCCAGCGCCCCCUGCCGGCCCCCCUCAGACCGCCUUUGCCGAUCUCGGCUGCCCCGUUACCAGCACAGAGCCGGCCCCCACGCUCUCCCUGCCAGCCACCCCUGCCCCCGCGGCGCUGGAGGCUGCUGGGUGCUGCGCGGCCGAGAACAGCAACCAUCUGGAAGAGGAGAGUCAGGAAGAGAGCGAAGUCCCGCCGGCGCCUCCUGGCGCAGAGCCCUCCGCCGCUCCGGCCACGGCCCCGUCGUCCUCGUCCCUGGAGCUCCUGGCCUCGCUGACCCCCGAGGCCUUCACGCUGGACAGCAGCCUCAAGGGCAGGCACAAGGUCAGCAAGCAGAGCUUCCUCCAUCCCCAGAACGGGGAAGGCCUGCGCGGCACCCGCCCCAGCGACGACCCCCUCAGCAUGCUUGACCCGCUGUGGACACUCAACAAGACAUGAGAGGAAGGAGGGCGUCACAUCGACCCGGGACUCUGCUGCUGCUGCUAACGCCACCACCGAUGCAUUUUGAGGACUAGAAACUUGGGAGGGCGAGGGGGGAAAGGUGGCUGGUUCGCACUCUCCUCAGCAUGCAGCUUUUCAAGACUGGCCACAGCCAGGAAGCCUCCGCUGCGCCAGGAGCCACGCAGUGCCCACUCGACUUGCGUCCUUUUUUCCCCUCUCCCGCCACUUCAGUUUCCCACCGGCUGUGUCUGAACGGCUGGAGGCGUGCAGCAGGAUUUUUCUGAGCCGGUUGUUCCUUUCUCCCGCUUUGUGCCUGCCUCCAAGUGCCAUGGGAAGGACGGAAUCUGUAAGUUGGCCUUUGGAGGGGCAGGAAUCACGGGAGGCGGUUUGGACGGAGCGGGACAUGCGGUUUGAUUUUCACUGCAGACAUAGGUGGUUACCCAGCUGGAGAAGCCCCCCGAGGUGAUUUUCCCGACCAGAGGAAGGUUUUGAAACACAGCCAAGGUAACCCUGUCCUAGGUGGACUAGUUCCUGGCAUCGUCAGCUAAAGGGCUUCGACUCCCACCCCCUGCUGCCACCCUUGGUAUUCCCAAGGCUUUGAGAUGUAGCACUUCAGGCCUCCUACGUCGUCCUCUGCUCCUUAAACUGCCUCUGGCAAGACCCCCUUUUGCUCCCGUCUACUGACCUCCACUCUGAAUGGGGUAUCCAAGACCCAACCAACCCUCUUUGAGCUGGCGAGAGCCCAUUUGGGACCAAGCAGCUACCUUUGAUCGGCUUGCAUGAAAGGUGCGUGGAGUGUCUUCUUAGCUGCUAGGCGAAGGUGCAGGAGACGUGCUUUCUCAGCAGCAGCCUCCAAAGCUGCUCCCAUGUCUUGCCGGCUCCACCUUCCAUUUCUUGUUUGGCCAGGCCGGUUGCAUUUUGUUGCCCUUACAUUCCAGUGAGGGAUCCCUGUCUUAGCUCAGAGGCCGUGUCAAGUCACCCAGCAGCCUUGGAGUGGUGAUUGACAAGACUGAGCUGUUCCAAAUAGUUCACCAAAAAAUGCAGAAGCCCCUUUAUGUGGUUAAUUUGGAUCAUCAGUGUGCCUGAUGGUCUUUUACAAAGGGGCAAGAGCUGUGCCUCCUGUGCCCAAAAGACAGGUGAUGGCAUCAAACAUAAGGAGUAACCCUGCAACACUAUGGGCAGUAAAGGAGGACUGUGUGUUAACUGAGCCAGCUUGGGUCCUUGCAGCGGUGUGCUUCCUUAACAAUGCCGCCCAACUGUGGCCAUAUGAAGGCAGAUCAUUAAAUGAAUGGGAAUGCUUAAAUGUCCAUUUCCCCCCCUAAACAUUUGCUCUUUCCAUCAGCUCCCUCGGUUUAAAGGACCAUCUUCAUGAAGGCAGGAGGGUUAAGGUGGGAGAGGGGCCAGGUCUUGGUGGGUUUCUGGGUUGUUUUUUGCUUUGUACAAAUGUAACAUUGUCGUCCUGUUUCGACUUACUCUGUAAUUUAGAACCAACUUUUUUCAGCUCUUUGCUACUAAAAUAAAUAAACGGGAGCAUUGCAGAUGGAUCCAUUGCAAUAAAUAAACGGGAGCAUUGCAGAUGGAUGAUUUUGUCAAAAGCGGCAGAGGGGGCUGCAUUUCAGUUUGCAAGUAUCUGAAUAUAGCAAAAGGAGUGUGUAACUUUUUGGCGCUAAGAUAAUUAAUUUGCAGAAGUGUUUUAUGAUGAGAAGGUUUUUUUGGGCUGGUGGGGGUUGCGCAGCUGUUGGGCCUUAAGAUACGUUAGCAGCAUGCAAUAGAAAGCAAUGCCUUUUCUCUCAUAUCUAUUUUGGUUUGGGUUUUUUUUUUAAAAAAACUAAGUUGCCCACAAAAAUUGUAUGCAAGGUAUAUCACUUGCUUUUUAUAAGGUUUGCAUUAAAGUCAGCUACACAAAGAGAA